AUGGCCCAAUUACCGGAGGCACAACUGCAAGGGGCCGCCGGAACGCAGAUUGGCGCCGCUGCGGGCGACACGGAUGGAAAUAGUGGGGUGACUGCGACGAUUGAGAACGGUAAUGGUGGAAACGCUGCUGGAGCAGCAGUUGCAGGCAAUGCAGUAGGUAGCUCAGGCACAGCCUCAGCAUCAUCGGUAGAAAGCUCAAGUCUUCUGGAAUUGAUGAAAGACCGACCCGGCGGGGACGAGAACUAUGGAUCGUCAUCGUCCUUCCUUAAUGGGGAUAAAGAUAGCAACAAGGUAGAUGAAACGUCAAAAACAAUAUUAACAGAACAUUCCGAAACCGAAAAAUCAGCUGCGCAUAACCACCCAUCCGUUCUCGACACGACCGAAAAGCCCCUGCCGCUACGCGCGCAGCC